AUGCUGCGCGCCCGGACCCGGUACACCGCGCUGCCCACCUCUGCCCCGGAAGAUGACGACGACGCAGACGCGCAGUACCGCGCUGCAGUGGCGGAGUACGUGCGGUUCUCGCAGUCGCGGCUGCACAACCUGGACGCGGGGCGGCCCAGCGCCGGCCCGACGUUCUUCGCGGACGAGGACGAGGAGGGGAUGCUCACGCGCGCGCGCCCGCCGGACCACCCGCCCGACCCCCGCUUCCACCAGCCCGCCCCCCCCGCGUGGCAGCGUGCGGGGCUGAUCCUGGCGAUUGUGGGGUCUAUUUGGUUCACGGUGUGGCUGCAGAGCGGGCAUUGGCAUAUGGGCGUGGUGGUGUAG